ACCGCCGUCUCUUACCGUUCUAUUUGAACUCCUCUUAAACCUCCCCCCCCCCCCCCCUCUUCUUCUCGUUUUCCCCCAAAAUCUUUAUUGUCCCUGGUCCUUCUUACCAGAGACUCAAUCCUAGAGUGAAGAUUGCGCGCAGGUGAUUUUGGCAGCUGUGAACUGUUGGAUUCCCAGUCGUGACUUCAUCGUUGAGUAUAUAUAAUGGAAACGCAAACCGUCUUGGCAUCGCGCGAAUCCGGACGGAGCUCGGAGAGCAGCUCCUCCUUGGAUGCCGUCGCCAACGAAAAACAGAAGCUGGCGGCGCACGACAGCCUGCCCGACCUCGAAAAUUCGGCCUCGCCUAAGAGAUGGAAGACAUUCUGGAAGUCCUUCCGAUACCUUCACAAUUUGACACCCAAGCAGGUCGAUGACUUUAUGGCUUCCUACGUCAUCUACAACCUGGACUGGUCGGAUGAGAAGCAGAUGGUCGAGACGCUGGGACCGAACUAUCAGGAAAAGGUUGGCGAUUGUCUCAAGGCGUACUAUGGCGUUCUCAACCACCUCUGUGCGUUAGGCGACGUGGAGAAGAUGUAUAUUCCGCCGUACAUGAGCAAAAAGGCGACCGUGCUGGAGAAUCAGCUGUUGUAUGAAGAGUCAAUUGCGCAGGAUAUCGGCUUGUCGCCGGGCGAUAAAGUGCUGGAUUUGGGCUGCGGGCGCGGGCGGGUGGCCGCCCACAUGACGCAAUACUCGGGCGCGCAAGUCACCGGCCUCAACAUCGACCCCAACCAGAUUGCUCAGGCACGCUCCUACAACGAGGAGCUUGGCUUCAGCUCCAAUUCCUUCGUCGUCCAGGAUUUCAACAGCCUGCCCCUCCCCUUUGAAGAUGCCAGCUUCGACGCUUUUUACCAGAUCCAGGCCCUGAGUUUGUGCAAAGACCUCCCUACUCUUUUCCGCGAGAUCUACCGCGUUCUCAAGCCCGGCGCCAAAUUCUCCUGCCUCGAUUGGGUCAGCCUGCCUGACUAUGACCCCUCCAACCCUGAACACGCCGAACUCAUGAGUCGCGUGAAGCCUCUCAUCGGCGCCGUCGGUACUCCCACGCCCGAGAGCCUCGAGAAAGCCCUCACAGAUGCCGGCUUCAAAGUCCUGCGCUCUGACAACGCCAGUGUUGGAGGCUUGCAAGCCCCCCUCAUCGACAAGGUUGACUUCUACUUCCGUUCAAUGCGCCAGCUUAUCCUAGGCCUCGUCAAGGCCCACAUGCUGCCCAAACAUUUCAAGACCCUGAUCAACCGCCUAUGCCUCGAUGGCGAGGCGUUCGUGAAGAUGGACAAAAUGCGAUUAGUGUCGACGAGCUACCGAAUUAUCGCGCAGAAGCCUCGUCAAUAGGCUACCCCCGAGUAAGACAGGAAGGUCUGGAUAAGAGAUAUUGUUCGGCGUUGGUGUGAACCGGCUUGGUGAAGCAGUGGUA